CCCCACGUCCCAGGCGACGGAAUGGCGGAGCCGCUGUGGAGCGCGGAGGCGGGCGGCGGGCUGUACCGCUCCCGGGACCCCGUGCGCAACCUGCGGCUGCGGGUCGGCAUCCAACGGGUGACGGCCGCCGGGCCCUUCCCGCCUCAGGCCGCGCCGUCCCCGAGCGGCGGCCCCGAGCUGCCGGAGCUGCGCGCCCGCACCGCGCACGGAGCUGCCGGGAGGCCCCCGGCCGAGGAGGAGCGGGCCGAGGUGGGCUGGCAGCAGAAGCUCUUCAGCCAGUUUGAGGUGGAUCUGUACCAGAAUGAAUCCGCCUGCCAGACUCCCCUGGACCGGCAGUACCACGAAGAGAUCCUGAAGCUGGAGAAGGCCGGAGGUCGGAAGAACCGCCGCAUCUUCACCUACACCGAUCACGACCGAUUCACCAACCUGGAGGAGCACUGCCAGAAGGUAACUGACUCAGACUGUGAGAUGCCAUCAUAUCUGGCAGAGAGGAUGGCCAAUGUGAGGAGGAGAAGACAGGACCGUAAGCCACUGGAAGCGAGUUCUCUCAAGUCAAAGAUCAUCACCUGGGAGCCCUCAGAAGAAUUUAUAAAGAACAAUCAUGUGAUUAACACUCCUGUUCAGACUAUGUACAUCAUGGGGGACUUGGGACCUUAUGGGAAGCUUGGUCAGAGGGAAUACGAACACGUUCUUUGUACAAUCAAGGUGGAUGGCAAUGGGGUGAUCACAGUGAAACCUGACUUUACUGGCAGCAGAGGAGCCUACUGGAUUGAGCUGGGCGGACAGAAGCGUGAGUUGUGGAAAUACACCAUUGAGAAUGCUUCUGUGCAGGUGCAGCAGGAGGAGGAGGAGCGCGAGCAGCGUGUGCUCAGAGAUCUGUACAGUCGGCACAGGGAGUACCUCAGCAGCCUGGUAGGCUCAGAAUUUGAGAUGACACUUCCUGGCACGCUGCGGCUUUUUGUGAACGGAGAAGUAGUUUCAGCUCAAGGCUAUGAGUAUGACAACCUUUAUGUUCAUUUCUUUCUGGAGCUGCCUAAACACUGGUCAAGCCCCGCAUUUCAGCAGCUGUCAGGAGUGACUCAGACCUGUGCCACCAAGACAGUGGGCUGGGAUAACGUGGCGUACUUCUGCUACCCCUUCACUUUGGAGAUGUUUUUUACCCAAGAGGACGAAUCAGAAGACUGUCUCCCUCAGUGGCCCGUUCUCUACUUUGAGGUUCUGUCCCUGGAUUUCUGGCAGAGGUAUCGUGUUGAAGGAUAUGGUUCUUUGGUGCUGCCAGCAUCUCCAGGUCUCCACAUGCUCACCAUCCCUACCUGGCGCCCUGCAGAGCUGGGUGCAGUUGCUGAGAUGAGGAGAUUUUUCAUUGGUGGGUCUCCUGAGCUGGAAGACAUGACCUACGCCAGGAUACCAACAGCCUUCAAGGGAAAGCAUCUGAGCCGCUUUGGUUUUCGCACAGAGACAACAGGGAAUGUCACGUUCCGGCUUUACUGCCUGCAGCAGUCCAAAGCCUUUCUGGAAUCCAAUGCCUUGAGGCAUCGCAUGCAUAGUGUUCUGGACCGGCUUGGAGGCUUCAGCCAGCAGAGCUCUGUCUACAAUGUUUUGGAGGCUUUCCAGCGGGCUCGGCGUCGGAUGCAGGAUGCCCGUGAGAGCCUCCCCCAGGACCUCAUCAGCACCUCUGCCUCCAGCGUGCAGCAGCCACAGGAACCCAGACUGACAGACAGACAAACUGACAGCCUCUGCUCCACGGCUGGGCAGCCCACACCUCUCUGACGGACCUCCCAGCGCCCUGCCCUGAAGGUCUUUGCAGCCCUUCCUUUGCAGCUCUCUGGACGUGGGCAGCAGUCUGUAGCCCAUCUGUUCUGAGAGUUGUUGUGUUUCCACAGGUAUGCUGUUGUUUCGAGGCAUUUUGUUACCAGGCCCUAAUGAUAGAGCCAGUUGUUCAUGUUUCUGCUGAGCAGACUGAAAUACUUACAUGAGACCUGUGAGCCUUUUGAAUACUGAAUUGUAAAUGAUCAGAAGAAUUUCAAAUCUACUUGACUUGAUAGAUUUACUUCUUAAAGAAGAGAGUGAUGUUGAAGGUCAUACGAAUGUUGUUUGAGAUUUAAUUAAAUGAGUAGUUAACUUAAUGAUAGAGCAUCUGUAGCUCUAGGUCAUUUUUCAGUAAAAUCUGACCACCUGUGAUUUAAGACUGGUUCGUUCCUUGAGAAAGAGAGGGUCCUCAUCACAUGGAAACCAAAGCAAGGAAGUGACGUGUGACGGAGUCCAGACUGGAGGAAAGGGUUGCGUUCUGUAUUUCUUUGUGUCUGUGGAAUUUCUGGCUCUUCUAUCUGCAAAGAUGAGCAGAAGGACUUUGGGAAUAUAACUGAAAACAGAUAUUCUUUUUAGUUCGUAGAAGAGCUGGGUUGGAUGUUUUGCAGAUGAGAACGGAUUGUAACGUUUGCACAGCAGCUGAACUUUGAACUGUUAAGCUCUUCAUCUGAGCUGUGGCUCAUUGCUCCAGCUCUGCAAUACACUGCAAUGUUUACCCA